GCUUUGGCAGUCUGUGUUGCCUGCCUCACCCCAGGAAGGAGUGCUGGCACCCCAAAAACCCAGAUAGUGUUGCUGCUUCCGUCUCUGCUGCUAGCUCAGUGUCUCACCAGGGAGCCCCAGCUGGAGAGCCCCGCCCCCCCGACCCAGUUACCCCGAGCCCUGCGGAGGAGCCCAGACAGUCGCCAGGAUGGAAGAGGUGCGGGAGGGACGCGAGCUCGGCGCCCGGAUGGAUACCGAGGAGCCCGCCAGCCCCCAGAGCCCCCGGGAGCCGCCCUCGCCACCGUCGCCACCUCCACUGCAGUCGCCGCCGUCGCCCGCUACCCCCGAGAGCCCCGGUGUGUCCCCGGCAGAGGAGCCGUCGGAGGCCCACGCGCGGCAGUUGCUGCUGCAGGAGUGGGGGCCGCCGGGCGCGAACCUGGAGCUGCCGCCGGGCCUCACCUGGAAGCUGCUCUUCCUGCGGCGGCCGCUCUACCGCAACCUGCUGCGCUCGCCCAACCCCGAAGGCAUCAACAUUUAUGAGCCAGCGCCCCCUACUGGCCCCACUCGGCAGCCCCUGGAGACGCUGGGUAACUUCCGUGGGUGGUACAUUAGGACAGAGCAGCUCCAGCACAGCUGCAGCUGGACGGUGAAGCAUCAGUGUGUGGAUCUGCUGGCCGAGGGCCUGUGGGAGGAGCUUCUUGAUGAUGAGCAGCCAGACAUUACUGUCAUGGACUGGUUUGAGGACAGCCGGCUGGAUGUGUGUGUCUAUGAGUUGCACGUCUGGCUGCUGGCAGCUGACCGUCACACCAUCAUUGCUCAGCACCAUGUGGCCCCCCGGACCUCUGGGAGGGGCCCUCCUGGCCGCUGGGUCCAGGUGUCCCACGUAUUCCGCCAGUAUGGCCCUGGUGUGCGUUUUGUCCACUUCCUGCACAAGACAAAGAACCGCAUGGAGGCUGGUGGGCUGCGGCGAACAAGGGUGACUGACUCCUCCGUGUCUGUGCAGUUCAGGGAGUGACUGGCUGUUUUGACCCCUUGUCUCAUCCUGAGUGUCUGACUUCAUCGCCCUCCCGUCCCCCCCCCCCCCCCCCGCCCCCAGAACUUCUGAAUCUUUGGCAUUUCCCCUGCACUCUCGGGGCUCCAGGAGGGCAGGGACCAUGUCUUCCCGAGGCAGUGCUCCACAGAUAGUAGGUGCUCAAUAAACCCUUGUUGACUAAACCAGGAAACACCUGUGCCCAAGGAUUCUGAGUAUUUUGCCAUCUUUGCUCCAUAGAACUUCGCUGAGCUCCCAGCCCACACACACACCCUCUGCUCUGUGAUCCUCCAGCACCUCACACCUCCUCCACCUCCGACGCCUCCCUUGACCUCUGAUCUGUUCACAUACGCCCACCUUAUGGUCUCUUAGCAUCUCCACCUACCUCUUUCCCCCACAUUUCUUAGCUCUCAGAAUCCCCCCGAAUUCUCCUCCUCCAUCUAACCCCAAGUUUUUCUUCCCCAUGAGCUGUCCCCAUAUCUUUCCUUCCCCAACACCCACAAUUCUCUUCUUUACCUUCUCCUAAGAGCCCCCAAACCCAGGUAUCCAUCAAGGGCCCCAUCCCUGGGGGUGGGGGUGAGAAUAGGUUGCAAAGUCACAUUUGCAGCAAUAUGCAAAUUUGCACUAAAGUGUCUUCCAUGUGUAGGGGAGGGGAGGGUUGAAGGAUUGAACUACCCAUAAGUCCUAGGCUCUGGCCUGAUCUCACAACAGACCCUGGCCUGGCCUGAGCUGGUCCUUGAAGGCCUCCUGUUGUCUCAUGCAUGAAUCCUGAGACUGGAGGUCCCUGGCAGGCCAGAGCAGCUGGGAUCUCUCAGGGAAGGGCUGUGCACCAAAAGGUCUGGGAAGCAUGUCAAUGUCUAAUUAUCAGCAGCGGUGCCAUUGCAUGCCACACAUGCUUCCUGUGGGCGUGUGUCUUUGUGCACACCUAAAUCCAUGUCAGAAUCUAUGGGUGCACCCCCAAUCACAGCACUGCCCCAGGUAGGGCUGAUCCUGGCAUGACCACCCUGCUGUCUCCCCAUCCUGGGUGGUCUUGGGUCCCAAGCACAAGCAGAUGGCAGACAGGGGCAACUUCAUAAGGACUGUAUUGCAGGGAAAGCAGGGUGGGAAGGGGGCAGGGAGAAAGCUCUCUUGUUUGGGACUUGGGGUCCUCAGCUGGCCCCAGGGACAAGGCUGGGUGAGGGGCUCCUCCUUCUGUAGGGGCUGGAGAUGAGGGGCCUCUGAGGUAUCAGUAGCACCUGCAACAGAAUAAAAACUUAUCACCAGGAAGUGCCAGGGGCUCAAAGAUCUAUGGCUUGGGGAGCUCUAGAACCUG